ACUGUCUGGACACCCCUAUUUUCUCCGUCUCCAGUUUCAACUUUAUAAUAUACAUUAUUAUUUAUAUUUAUUUAUAUAUCACAAUCUUAACUCGCUUACCCUCAUUUUCACCUUCUGUUGUGUCCUCUAACUUUCUGUUUGAUUUCCGAGAAAAAGAGAAAAUAAGAAGAAGAAGAAGAAAAAGAAGAAGAAGAAGAGAAUAAGAAUAAGUUGAAGAAAGAAGAACAAAAUUUAGAUUUUGUAAUUUUCCUUUUUUAAUUAUCGCAUUCCCUCCAUGGGAGAUUGUUGAGGAAGAAUCGCAUAAUCAUCAUAUUCGAGCUUUGUAUAUUUUGUGUGCUGAACAAGACUUGGUGGCUAAUAUUGGAAGACUCAACGAUCUCGCUCUCUAAAUUUUGGUUUCUGUUUCGUUUGGCGUAUUUUCUCUGCAACUUUUCUUAGCGGUGCUUUGGCUUCAAGAAAUGUAAUUUGCUGUUUUUGUUUGUGGUGAUCUGUUUGAGAGGCUUUUUUUUGGCUUUGAAUCGGAAUUCGAAGCAUGGUUUUUCACUGAAGAGAUAGAAAAUUUUGUUUUAGAGAGAUGAAGAGGUCCAGAGACGACGUUUACAUGGGCUCUCAACUCAAACGGCCUAUGGUCUCUUCUCGUGGUGAACCCUCGGGGCAACCCCAGAUGAUAGGAGGAGGUGGCGCCCAGAAACUUACAACAAAUGACGCACUAGCAUAUCUCAAGGCCGUGAAGGACAUAUUUCAGGACAAAAGGGAUAAGUAUGAAGACUUUCUUGAAGUGAUGAAGGAUUUUAAGGCUCAAAGAAUUGACACUGCGGGUGUGAUAGAGAGGGUCAAGGAUUUAUUCAAAGGACAUCGAGACCUGAUUUUGGGUUUCAAUACCUUCUUGCCAAAAGGAUAUGAGAUUACCCUACCACUUGAGGAUGACCAGCCUCUGCAAAAGAAGCCUGUUGAAUUUGAAGAAGCUAUCAACUUUGUGAACAAGAUUAAGACUCGGUUUCAAGGCGAUGAUCAUGUUUAUAAAUCAUUUUUAGACAUUUUGAACAUGUACAGAAAGGAAAACAAGUCUAUUACAGAAGUCUACGAAGAGGUUGCAACAUUGUUUCAAGAGCACCCAGACCUGCUUGUGGAGUUUACACAUUUCCUACCCGACACAUCAGGAGCUGCCUCAACUCAUUAUCCCCUGUCUGUUAGGACCUCUCUGCUUCGUGAUAGGAGCUCUGCCAUGCCCACAAUGCGUCAGAUACACCUUGAUAAGAAAGAGAGGACCAUGGGAGAUCGGGACCUUAGUGUUGACCGUCCUGAUCAAGACCAUGAUAGAUCCCUAAUGAAAGUAGACAAAGAUCAGCGCAGGCGGGGGGAAAAGGAAAAGGAAAGGAGAGAGGAUAGAGAAAGAAGAGAGCGUGAAAGGGAUGACAGGGAUUUUGAGCAUGAUGGCAAUAGGGACUUCAAUGUGCAGCGUUAUCCUCAUAAAAGGAAAUCUGGACGUAAGAUCGAAGACUCAGCUGCUGAACAAAUUCAUCAAGGUGGAGAUGGUGAUGAACAUUUUGGAUUGCGUCCCAUUUCAUCUCCUUAUGAUGAUAAAAGUUCUGCAAAAAGUAUAUAUGGCCAAGAAUUUGCUUUCUGUGAGAAAGUGAAGGAGAAAUUACGAAAUGCUGAUGAUUACCAAGAGUUUUUGAAGUGCCUUCAUAUCUAUAGCAAGGAAAUUAUAACUCGGUCGGAAUUGCAAUCUUUGGUGGGUGAUCUACUUGGAAAAUAUCCAGAUCUUAUGGAUGGGUUCAAUGAAUUUUUGUCACGUUGUGAGAAGAAUGAUGGGUUCCUUGCUGGUGUCAUGAGUAAAAAAUCCUUGUGGAAUGAAGGACAUUUACCCAAAUCGGUGAAGUUAGAGGAAAAGGAUAGAGAUCGAGAGCGUGAUAAAGAUGAUGGCAUAAAAGAUCGAGAACGUGAAAGCCGGGAAAGCAGAGAAAGGGAAAGGAGUGAUAAGGGUUCAUCCUAUGCAAAUAAAGAUGUUGGAAGCCAGAAGAUGUCUUUGUUCUCCAGCAAGGAUAAGUAUAUUGGGAAACCUAUUAAUGAACUUGACCUUUCUAACUGCGAGCGUUGCACCCCCAGCUAUCGUCUUCUGCCAAAAAAUUAUCCGAUACCUUCUGUUAGCCAAAGGUCAGAGCUGGGUGCUGAAGUAUUAAAUGACCAUUGGGUUUCAGUCACUUCAGGAAGUGAGGAUUACUCUUUUAAGCACAUGCGCAAAAACCAAUAUGAAGAAAGUUUAUUUCGAUGUGAAGAUGACAGGUUUGAACUGGACAUGUUGCUAGAGUCUGUGAAUGUAACAACCAAGCGUGUGGUAGAACUCUUAGAAAAGAUUAAUAACAAUACAGUAAAGACAGAUAGUCCAAUCCGUAUUGAAGAUCACUUCACAGCUCUCAAUAUGAGAUGCAUUGAACGGUUGUAUGGUGACCAUGGGCUUGAUGUUGUUGAUGUGGUGAGGAAGAACACUUCUCAUGCAUUGCCUAUUAUAUUAAAUCGGUUGAAGCAAAAACAAGAAGAGUGGGCAAAAUGUCGGUCUGAUUACAAUAAAGUUUGGGCUGAUAUAUACGCAAAGAACUAUCACAAGUCACUUGAUCAUCGUAGCUUUUAUUUCAAGCAGCAGGACACGAAGAGCUUGAGUACAAAAGCCUUACUGGCAGAGAUAAAAGAAAUCAGUGAGAAGAAGCGGAAGGAAGAUGAUGUUCUUCUUGCUAUAGCUGCUGGAAAUAGACGGCCUAUAAUUCCAAACUUGGAAUUUGAGUAUCCUGAUCCUGAGAUUCAUGAAGAUUUGUAUCAGCUCAUCAAAUAUUCAUGUGGGGAAGUUUGCACAACAGAACAGUUGGAUAAAGUAAUGAAAAUCUGGACAACCUUCCUGGAACCCAUGCUUGGUGUUCCUUCUCGACCUCAGGGUGCAGAGGACACAGAAGAUGUUGUCAAAACAAAAACUCAUGUUAAAAGUUCUGCUGGAAGUUUAGGAGAGAGUGAUGGCAGUCCUGGUGGUGUUGUUACUGCUACUACUGUCAAUUCCAAACAGUUAAAUCAUGGUAGAAAUGGAGAUGAAAAUAUUCCACCUGAACAGUCAAGUUCUUCUCGGACAUGGCAUGCUAAUGGAGAAAGUGGCAAUAAGGAAGAUAAUUCUGUUGAUGUGGAUCAUGCUCGAAAGGAUGGUAUGUGCAAUAACCCUGCACAUAGUAAAGUGCAGAGCAAUGCAUCUACAGCUGAUGAAGCAUUUGGAGUCACCAAGCAAGACCUUCCCAGUGAACAAAUAGUUAAUUCAAAUGCAUUGCAUGCCAUUGGUGUAGAGCAAAGUAAUGGAAGAACCAACUUAGAAGACACUACAGGUCCUGGUGUUACUCCCUCCAGACCCAGUAAUGGUGCCAGUGUUGGUGGUCUUGAGUUGCUUUCAUCAGAGGCCGGUGAUUCGACUAGACCUGUUAUUUUACAUUCAAAUGGGGAUCUGACAGAAGGCACCAGGAAUAAUAGGUAUCAAGAAGAAUCUGUUGGGCAUUUUAAGAUUGAAAGAGAAGAAGGUGAAUUAUCUCCUAAUGGGGAUUUUGAGGAGGAUAAUUUUGCGAAUUAUGGGGAAGCUGGUUUGGAAGCUCUGCGUAAGGCAAAGGAUGGUGCUGCUAGCAGGCAAUACCAAACUGGACAUGGAGUAGAAGAAUUGUGUUGUGGAGAGGCAGGAGGAGAAAAUGAUGCUGAUGAUGAAGGUGAGGAAAGUGCUCAGAGGUCAUCAGAGGAUAGUGAAAAUGCUUCAGAGAAUGGCGAUGUUUCUGUAAGUGAGUCGGGUGAUGGUGAAGAAUGUUCUCGUGAAGAGCACGGGGAAGAACAUGAUACUAAGGCUGAGAGUGAAGGUGAGGCUGAAGGAAUGGCAGAUGCCCAUGAUGUUGAUGGAGAUGGAACGUCAUUACCUUUUUCAGAACGUUUUCUACUGACUGUGAAGCCUCUAGCAAAGCAUGUUCCUCCAUCUUUGCAUGAUAAAGAGAAGGAUUCUCGUGUUUUUUAUGGAAAUGACUCUUUUUAUGUGCUUUUCAGACUUCACCAGACAUUAUAUGAGAGAAUACAGUCCGCAAAAAUUAAUUCAUCUUCUGGUGAAAGGAAAUGGAGGGCUUCAAGUGAUACCAGCUCUACUGAUCUUUAUGCUAGAUUCAUGAAUGCUCUUUACAAUCUGCUUGAUGGUUCUUCGGACAACACAAAAUUUGAGGAUGAUUGUCGAGCUAUAAUUGGAACACAGUCAUAUGUUUUAUUCACAUUAGACAAGCUGAUUUACAAACUUGUUAAACAGCUCCAAACAGUUGCAACUGAUGAGAUGGAUAACAAACUUCUCCAACUAUAUGCUUAUGAAAAGUCAAGAAAACCUGGAAGAUUUGUAGAUAUAGUUUAUCACGAGAAUGCUCGAGUACUUCUUCACGAUGAGAACAUAUAUCGCAUUGAAUGUUUAUCCAUCCCUACACACUUGUCCAUUCAGCUCAUGGAUUCUGGUCAUGAUAAGCCAGAAGUGACUGCUGUAUCUAUGGACCCAAAUUUUUCAUCUUAUUUAUACAACGACUUCCUCUCGGUUCUUCCUGAUAAAAAGGAGAAAUCUGGGAUGUUCUUGAAGAGGAAUAAGCGCAAAUAUGCCAGUAAUGAUGAUUUUUCUUCUACCUCUCAGGCCAUGGAAGGACUUCAAGUAACCAAUGGUCUGGAAUGCAAGAUUGCUUGCAUAUCUUCAAAGGUUUCCUAUGUUCUUGAUACAGAAGACUUUUUGUUCCGGACAAAAAGGAGACGGAAAAAUUUGCAUCAAAAUAGUUUGUGCCACAGCCAGGGUAGGUCUUCAAAUGGUUCAAGUAGAGCACAACGGUUUCAUCGGUUGCUUUCUAGCUCAUGACAUGCCUUCCCGUGAUGUGGAGUAAAUACAAUAGAAAGAUAGUAGCCAGCUUCUGACGUUUGGCUUUUCAUUUCCAUUGUUUGCUAUCAGGCAGAGCCAUUUUGCACCGCCAUUUCUACACACGGCACCACUACUGCAAAAUUUAAGAACUGAGGCGCCAUGAGCAAAUAUCUCUUGUGGACUUAACUUUUUUCGCAUUAUGGUAUUUCUGUCUCACCAAUCAAAUAAGAGGGAUGAGAAUAGGGAAGAACAUUGCUUGAAAAGUUGUAAUAUACUGAGUUGGUGGCAUCUCUAGCCACGAUCUUGUAAAUAGGUCAUUGUGAUGUAAACUUGUGAUACAUGUUCAUUCAAUUCAUCUAUAUCCCUGUUAAAUCAUUUCGUUAAGCACAAGUCAAAUAACAUAUUUCUUUUGUUUUA